UUACAUUAUAACCACCAGCAUUAAAACUAUGCCGUUUAUCUUUUUUAAAGAUAUUUCUUGUUUAGAUUUCAUUUUGUUAUUUAUAUAAUUGCCUUAUGUAUGACAAAACUUGAGAUGCCAUUCUCUUCUGUAUUCAUCCAUAAAUAAUAUCUUAUACAAUUAUGUGUUUGUUUGUAAUGUUUUGUAUUAUGUAUUUCUACACUUGAAAAUGAUAUCUGCAUUUUAAAUAUUAAUUUAUUAGAUGUUAAGGAGAAAGAAGAGGACUCCAAGAGAGGAGCUCGCUGCAGUAAAUUUGUAUAAAAUUGGAGAUGUGGUAUGUGCCAAUAUGAAAGGUUACCCAAAUGGUUGGCCCGGUAUUGUCACCAGGCUUUCUGGUGACAACAUCACUGUCUACUUUAAAAGUGAUAAUGAUGAAUUCACUUUGAGUAAGAAGAACAUUAAACCGUUUCAUCUGGAUGAAACAGAGAUGAACAAGAUUGAAAAAAAAGUAAAACCGAAGUUUCAAAAUGCAUUUCUAAGUGACUAUGAGUGGGCAAAAGGGAUAUUCAUUGAGAAGUCCAAACCAGACACUCAGACACAGACAGAUAAGGACACAACGUCUCAGAUGGGAUCCUCAGCUAUGGUCAUAUGUUUUAGUGGAAUGAAUCAUAAUGAAGAGAAAAAUAUCAUAAAGUUUUGCUGCAAAAGAAAAAUACAGUACAGCCAUAGCUUUAGCCAAGACAUCACACAUGUUGUAAUGAAGACUGAUCCUGUCGGAAGCCGUAUGUGUGACCGUUCCCUGAAGUUUUUCAAAGGUAUAUGUAAAAAUUGCUGGGUCCUUGAUUACCAGUGGAUAUUGGACAGUGUGUCUUCCGGUCAUCUUUUACCAGAGGAGGACUUUGAAGUGAUAGGAGAUAUGGUCACUAAUAAAAUACACUAUGGGCCCAGAAAGUCACGUUUGACAGAAUCACCACUUUUGAAAGGCUAUGAAGUAUUCUGCUUUGGAAAAGCAAAUUAUAUAUCAAAAGGUGAUCUUGAGGAUCUAGUGACUGGGUGUGGCGGUUCUUUGCUAGAUCCUGCAAAACAGUUAACAUCUGACAGUCGGAAACUUGCUGUGGCAUGUGUGGAUGAGUUAUUUAACUAUGAUCAGACACAAGUGACCUCUAUCAAAAAGGGAUUAAAAACAGUUUCUCAUGACUGGUUGUUGGACUCAAUCACGGUCUAUAAAGUGCAAAAUUUAGAUGAAUACCUCAUUACUGAUAAGAAGGUGCAGAAUGGCGAAACAGAUGAGAUGGAUGUUGGGGUUUAUGAAGACAACAGUGAUGUGGAUCCUCAUUACCAGCCUAUAUCAGAUGAAUACCUCAUUACUGAUAAGAAGGGGCAGAAUGGCGAAACAGAUGAGAUGGAUGUUGGGGUUUAUGAAGACAACAGUGAUGUGGAUCCUCAUUACCAGCCUAUAUCAGAUGAAUACCUCAUUACUGAUAAGAAGGGGCAGAAUGGUGAAACAGAUGAGAUGGAUGUUGGGGUUUAUGAAGACAACAGUGAUGUGGAUCCUCAUUACCAGCCUAUAUCAGAUGAAUACCUCAUUACUGAUAAGAAGGGGCAGAAUGGUGAAACAGAUGAGAUGGAUGUUGGGGUUUAUGAAGACAACAGUGAUGUGGAUCCUGAGUACCAGCCUAUAUCAGAUGUGGAGGACCAGAGCACUGAUGCUGAGGAAGUCUACUUAGAGAGGGAAGCACAGGUCAUUACUGGAUUGAAAGGCAAGAAAAGAAAAAGGAGAGACAAAAGUAACAAUCAUUCAGAUUUUGAAGGCCAGGAUGAAAAAAGGAAUAGAGAUGGGAAAAGGAAUAGCAUGGUUGACAUAGUUUCAGAUAGUGAUUCUGAUGCAAAUUCAGAAGUGUUUCCAAUUCUGAAUGGCAUUCAAGAAAAAAAGAAGCAGAAAUCGGAUAUAAAUGUCCAAAUGGCUCACAAUAAUGGCAAAAAAAGAAAGUGGGACAAACAGCACUACUGUAUGUAUUGUGGCAAAGGUAGUACAAACAUCAGAAAACAUUAUUUCUCUAAAAAGCAUAUAUCUGAAAGCCAGGUCCAGCGAGUUAUGAGCUUUCCAUUACACUCCAAGGAAAGAACCCUGGCAUUAGAGGAGCUUAGAAAUGCUGGAGACUAUAAACAUAAUUAUGAAGUGAUAAAAAGUGGGGAAGGAGUACUUGUACCUUGGAGAAAUGUGACUGAGGAAACAGCAGCAUCCGAAAUGUUACCUUGCGAGUAUUGUUUAGCAUUCUUUAUGAAAACCGAGCUCUGGAGACAUCAUGCUGUAUGCAAGUUCAGGAAAACCUCAGAUCGAAAGAAGUACAGAAAAGUUUCCGGCAAAGCAACUCACCUGCUACCAUGUGAAAUAGAAGUAUCGGAGGGCUUUAAGACCACUAUUCUGGCAAAAAUGUCAGGGGAUCAAGUAUCUUUGGUGUCUAGAAAUGAUGGGAUCAUAACCAAACUUGGAGAAAAACUUUUUAAUAAGCAUGGUCAUUUAGAACAUAUGCACAACUACAUUGGACAAAAGAUGAGAGAGAUGGCCCGUCUGCUUAUUUGUAUUAGAGAAGAAGAUUCUGAAAUAACAACCAUUGAAGAUCUAAUUGACCCCAAGCAUUUUCCUCUUGCACUCAGAUGUACACAAAAAUUAUGUGGAUAUGAAGAGGAAACCAACACAUACAGAAAUCCUUCAUUGGCUCUGAAACUUGGAUAUUCCCUUAAGAAAUGUGGAUCUAUUAAAAAAGCAAAUGGGUUGAUUGAAGAAAAUGAGGAAAAACGAAAAAAAGCAGAGGAUUUCAUUGCUGUCCAUGAAUUAAUGUGGCCGAAUGACAUUUCAAGUGCUGCAUUGACAACACUGAAGGCAGGAAAAUGGAACAAGCCGUCUCCCCUUCCUCUUACAGAAGAUGUGUCCAAACUUCAAAAAUUUGUCAAGGAAAAAUUAAAGGAUCUAUCUGCCUCAUUGAGUGAUGGAAUUGAAAACUCAAACCCGGAAAGGAAUGUGUAUUCUCAACUCUCAGAAAUUGCACUGAUAAAGCUUGUAAUGUUUAAUAGAAGGAGGGGUGGUGAAGCAGAGAGGCUAACUAUCGAGGCCUAUCAGCAAAAGAGUGGAAACAAUGCUCCCAUCAAGGAUAUUGAGGACUCCUUAACACCAGUCGAAAAGAAAAUGUGCUCUCUUUUCCAAAGGGUUGAAAUUCGUGGUAAGAAGGGUCGUAAGGUGCCAGUGCUGCUUACAAAAGACCUGAUAGAAGCGAUUGACUUGCUACUCAAAGCUAGGGAGAAAGUUGGAGUCAGCAAAGAUAACCCUUUCAUAUUUGCAAGGAUGAACUAUGGCUCGAACAAAGCAAUCCGUGCAUCAGAUGCAUUAAGGAAAUAUGCAAAAAUGAGUGGGGUAGAAAAGAUUGAAAAUAUAACCUCAACAAAACUGAGAAAGCACAUUGCAACUGUCAGUCAGAUCAUGAACUUAGGAAGCACAGAUUUGGAACAACUGGCAACAUUCAUGGGUCACGAUAUUGAAAUUCAUAGAUCAUUCUAUAGAUUGCCAGAAUCUACCAUCCAAGUGGCAAAACUCGGGAAAUUUCUACUAGCUUUGGAUUCUGGAGACGUCAGUAAAUACAGUUCUUGCACUCUUGAUGAUGUCACUCUAAAUGACGAUGAUGUUGCUGUAGAUGAUGAAGAGGAUGGGGAAGAUAUGGAGGAAGCCUCAGAUUCAGAUCCUGGAGAUUCUGAUAGCUCGGAGCAAGUUGCAUCCGGAUCCAGUUCUACUACUCAAUCAAAGCCCAGUCAUUCCAUAGGGAAAGGUCGUCUCAUCUUAAAUGCUGAACAGAUUACGUGCUUGAAGCAAUUGUUUAAAGACAACAUUGUAAUGCGAAAAGAAUUAAAAUUGAAAGAUUGCACCAAUGCUAUUGCAAAAGAAGAAUGUUUGAAUGGUUUAGAUUGGAAGAAAGUUAAGAACACUGUGCACAAUUGGAUAAUGAAUGAAAAGAAAAAAACAAAAGCAUUGAUCAAAAAGCAUUGAUCAAAUGGACCAAUGAUGUCACUGACUUUUUCAAAUGACAGUUCGUUGUCAAGUCACAGUUUGAGUUUGGGGUUGUGUGUAUUUUUCACUUGUUAACUUUUUCACAAAAUGAGCAUAUAUGAUCAGAGAUCAAAGCCAACAUCAUGAUUUACUUAAUAUUUUGUUGCAUUUAAAGAAAGAGUUCACAAAAAUACACAAAUUUACGAUGGGUAAUUUGCAAAUAAACAAAUACAAAGAAUUUUAAAUCUAAUUGAUUUUGAUUUGCUUGAUGCUUUGGCAAUGUUUAACACUUGUGAAAUGCACUUUUUUGGUAUUAAGUUAAUGUUUUGGCAAACUAGAUAUUUGUCGAGUUGUGUUUAAGCUUAAUGGAUUAAUCGUCAUUUUUAUCAAUGCAUGGUUGUCAGACUUACCAAAUCAGUGUAUGAACAUCUUUUAAUUCAGAUACUGAAUUAUAGUUAUGUGUUUCUUUCAAAAAGUUUUCAAAAGUUUUGUUUUCUACAAUAAUACAUCAAUAUGUUGAUCAUUUCUUACAAAAACUGAUAACAAUGGCAUGUUUUUGUGCUUGUUUUAGCCUUGAUCAGAUGGAGAUAUAUAAUGUUUUUGAAUUGUCCAUUUUCUAUUGCUUAAUGACUAAUGAAUCAACAAUUUCAGUCAUUGAGGGUCUUCUUUCCAUAAACGAUACUUGUUUAACUGCUAUUUCUGUAGGAGUUAACUUAAUGGGUCUUUACUAGUGCCCUUCAGUGUUGUGACUAAUAAGAAAAACAAAAAGGUCGUUGGAUGCCAUCUUGGAUAUUUAAUGAAUGUUUGUUAUUAGUAUUUCUCGGAAGACAGACUCGAUUUUCAGUACAAUUUUUGUAUGUUCUUAUUAAUCAGAGCUAUUUUUUUUUACAUUUCACACAUUGGUUUCCAUUUUUCUUUAUUCUGCUGACAAAAAGAACAACAGGGAAACAAUCAAGAGGGCAUCAAGAUUUCCUGGUAUUUUGAUUUUUUGAUCAGUCGACUUGUUAUUAAGCAUAGAUAUCACAGUUUUUUUGUCAGUCUUGUCUUAUUUCUCUUGCACAUUUGAAAAAAUCUGUUCACUUUAAGGUUGAAAAUAAAAGCCCAUAGAAUGUUU